AGGAGUGCUUUUUGAUGUCUUAAAAUCUAGUCUGUAUUCAUCUUUCUCCGGCAAUCUACAACCAAAACAAACACGUGCCGCGCUGCUCGCCAUGGGCCUGGUAGAAAGGAAGCUCAAGGUGUUCUACCGCAAAACCAAGAAGGGGAACAUCAUCAAGGUUGUCCGUGAGCACUACCUGCGAAAUGAUGUGUGGUGCGGGUAUGAAGGGUGCAGAGAGUGUGAGUGUGAGAAGCCCAUAUUGGAUAUGCCAGACAUCAGUGACAGCACUCUGGUCCCUGAGCCUCACUUCAUCAUGAUUGACACCAAUGUGGCACUGCAUCAGAUUGAUGUGCUUUGUGAUGACUCCAUAACAAAUGUAAUCGUUCCUCAAACUGUGGUCGGAGAAGUGAGGCAUCGAUCGCUCCCCAUUUACAAGAGACUCAGAGACCUCAUUGAGACAUCAUCCAAGAAGUUUUAUGUCUUUACUAAUGAACAUCACAACGAGUGUUAUGUUGAGAGGGAGGCAGAGGAGUCCGCCAAUGACCGCAAUGAUCGAGCCAUCAGAGUUGCCUGCUGGUGGUACAAGCAACACCUCCGUCUUUGCAACCAGAAGAUUAUCCUCCUGACCAAUGAUUAUGCCAACCGGGACAAGGUGCGGGUAAUGGAGCUGGAGGCAUAUACAACAAAGGAAUACGUCUCCAGCUUGAAGAACCGACCUGGUCUGCUGGACAUUGUGGCCAGUGGGGAGGAGGACAAGGGGGAGGACACCAUCACCCAGCGCUGCCUCUAUGCCCCACACUGGUCCAUGGACAAAAUACGCCAGUCUCUGAAGACUGGCAAAUUGCGCCAGGGUUGUUUGAAGACCUCACGGAACAACUUCCUUGAGGCAAACGUUUUGGUGGAGGGCCUAGACAAAUCUGUGCUGAUCCAGGGCCGCCUUAACAUCAAUCGUGCUCUCAAUGAUGACACUGUGGCAGUGGAACUGCUGCCAGAGGACCAGUGGUGUCGGCCAGCCAACGUCAUCAUUGACCAGGAGAAACAGGAGGAGGAAAAUAAAGAUAAGGAGGAGGCUGAUGAGGAUGCCAUCAAGAAAGAGGAUGACCUGCUUGCUGCUGGCCAGGGGGAGGGGGAGUUGCAGCCAACAGGCCGAGUGGUGGGCAUCAUCCGGCGGAAGUGGCGGCAGUACUGUGGCAUCAUCAAGAAGAAUGAGAUUACUGAGUCUCUGCGGCAUUUGUUUAUCCCUGCCGACAAAAAGAUUCCCUUCAUCCGCAUUGAGACAAGGCAACCAGACCUCUUAUAUGACAAGCGGAUCAUUGUAGCCAUCGAUUCUUGGCCUAGAGACUCCAGGAACCCCAAGGGUCACUUUGUUCGAAUCAUUGGGCCAGUGGGAGACAAAGAUGCAGAGAAUGAGGUCAUCUUGCUGGAGCAUGACUGUCCCCACACCAAGUUCUCUGAGGCGGUGCUGAACUGCCUCCCCAAGCUGCCCUGGAUCAUCACUGAGAAGGAUGAAGCUGAGCGCAAUGAUCUGCGGCACCUUGACAUCUGUUCCGUUGAUCCCAUCGGCUGCACAGACAUUGACGACGCACUUCAUUGCAGGAAGCUUGAAAAUGGGAACUUUGAGGUGGGUGUGCACAUUGCCGACGUGUCUCACUUCAUCCGGCCCAACACAGCUCUGGACAAGGAGGCACAGAACCGCAGCACCACAGUGUACCUUACCACUCGUCGCAUUGACAUGGUGCCUGACCUCCUCAGCAGUAAUCUAUGCUCUCUCCGUGGGAAUGUGGACAGAUUUGCCUUCUCCGUCAUCUGGGAAAUAUCUCCAAAUGCUGAGGUUUUGUCCUUCAAGUUCUGCAAGUCCAUCAUCAAGUCUCGAGGAGAACUGAGCUAUGAACAAGCACAGCAACGAAUUGAUGAUCCAAACAUGCAGGAUGACCUGACAAACUCACUUAGAAACCUAAAUAUGCUGGCCAAGCAACUGAAAAAGAAGAGAAUAGAUGCUGGGGCCCUUGUGCUAGCCAGCAUGGAAGUGAAGUUCCAUGUUGAUCCUGACACAGACACAGUAGUGGACAUUGUAGCUAAGCAGCACCUGGAGACCAUGAGCAUGGUGGAGGAGUUUAUGUUGCUGGCCAAUGUCACUUCAGCAGAAUGCACUCUCAAGCACUUCCCAGACUGUGCCUUGCUGCGUCGUCACCCUGCUCCUCCACACUCCAACUUUGAGUCUCUCCUGGUGGCUGCCAAAAGUCAGAACAUUGAGUUGGAUGUCAGCAGCAACAAAACCUUGGCCGAGAGUCUGAACAAUGUGACACGGGACAACAAUCCUUUCUUCAACAGCAUGCUGCGCAUCAUGACCACACGCUGCAUGAUGCAAGCACUCUACUUCUGCUCUGGCACACUUGAACCUACCGAGUACAACCAUUACGGCUUAGCCACACCCACAUACACUCACUUCACCUCACCCAUCAGAAGGUAUGCAGACAUCAUCGUGCACAGACUCUUGGCUGUGAUCAUUGAAGCUGAUCGAACAUACCCAGAUCUACUCAACCCAAAAAAACUGGCAGACCUUAGCCAACACAUUAACUACCGACACAAGAUGGCCCAGUAUGCUGGCAGAGGUUCGGCAGUCAUCACAGCAAUUGCAUCACUACGAGGGAAAACUUCUGAAUUUGAUGCUUACGUGUUGAUGCUCCACAAAAAUGCACUUCAAGUCUUAGUCCCGACUAUUGGACAGCAGCUGACCCUUUACUUGGAUAAGAGAGAAAAGAAGAAAGAAGAAAAGAAAAAUCCCACUAAAGGGGCAGAGCCGAUGGAGGUGGACAAGAUACAUGCACCAGAGUUUGAGUUCAAUGAAAAGGAAUUGUUUGUUAAGUGUGGUUCUGUCAUCAUCCGUCCAUUUGACCAUCUCAAGAUCCAGGUGACUGUUGACACAUCAGAUGUGCAGCACCAGCGUGUGGUGUCCAAACUAAUUGAGCCAAUCAUCCCUGGCUUUUCUGUUCCUUCUUUGAAAAGAGAAAGCAGUGAACCCAAGGAGACUACUUCCAAGAAAAGGAAAAAAUAGUCUUUAAGAUUAGAAUUAGAUGUUUGGCAAGUACAAAUCCUAUACUUGAAUGUUCUGUCAAAAGUGAGAGCUUGGAGGCUGGUACAAUGCUCACUAAGAAUGCAGAGAAGGAAGUUAAUGUUUUAUACUAGUGUUGCAUUAUUUCAAGAGAAUCAUCUUCAUUUUGAGCUUAUUCUCAAGAUGAGUGAUGGAUUGAUUAGGUUGCUCUUCUCAAAACAUUUUAGUACCAUUACAUUUUUUUUUCAUCCAGAGAAUGUAUUUUUGACUGCAUUAUUCAGUAUGAACAUAAGACAAACUUACUUUCUUCUUUGUGUAUCUGUACAGAAAAUUGCUGGUUACAUGCUCAUCUCUCUCAUCAGUCUAAAAGAUGCAAGUCUUUUGAUCUACAUUAAUUUUAUAUAAAAAGAAACGAGUUCAAAAAUCCCCACCUCAAACAGAAUCCAUACCUUGUAAUGAGCUGAACAUUUUGACCUCUACGUAGCCUGGUCAGUAAAUAGAUGAAGAGAUAGAAAGUUGUUAUAAUAUUGUCAAGGCAAAUCAAAGUGGUCUUUGUUGAGGGGACACUUUUAUAUGGGGAAUAUAUUUCUGACAGCUCUUAACUAUGAUGCUCAUAAUAAGAAAUGCAAUAACUGAAUGACUUGACACAGAAGUACUAUAUCAAACACAGCCUCUAAUACAAUAACUUAAAAUAUUUACACCCACAGGUUAUAUCACACAUAAAUAUAGAUGUCUUAGUAAAUUAUAUUUACACUCAGGAGUGAUAUCGCACAAAAUGUUUGGCUUAUUGGAACCCUUAGUUGAUGCUCCACACAAGGAAGCUGUAGUGUGCCAGUAUUUUCUAGUGCACUUAGUCAUACUUACUGUUACGAGAGAUGUAUAAGGUAGCAACAUUCUGCAACUCUCUCUCUUUCUGAUACACUCUUGUUAUAAGAUGUUGGUACAUUUGAAAAGUGAUUCUUUAACAAAACAUAUAGUCUGAAUGACUUGGCAGGAAUCAUUGAGAGUUUAGUUGUUAUUUUAGUCACUAAAGGAGAGGAGGUGAUUUUAUUCUCUCUCUCUCUUACUGAGGACAGGCACAUUCCUCAUGUAAUAAGAGAAAUUGAGCUGGAAUGAGAGAGAGUGUACAGUUGCCAGAAACAAAGUCCCUUUGGACACAAAGUGCAUGCAAAAUAGUAGUCAUGCAAUGCCAUUAAAAUUUUACAAGUUAGGCAAUUUGUUCUCCAAUAGUACCUGGCAACUCAGGAAGAGCAGAUGCUACUCCUGUGAUGUAAGAAGCCUUUUAUGUUCAUCCAACAACAUCCAUAUUGCUUGCAUAUUUCAGAAAAGGUGACUUAUUCCUUUAGGGUUAGAAUAUGACCUUUUUCUGCAUCUGUGAAUGAUUUAGGAUCCAUCCUGGAUGUAAGGAUGAGGUUUGUAGGCUUGUAAUAACUAGGUAAGGAAAACAAGGCAGUGUAAAACUGGAGGUCAACAAGCAUCUACCUUCAUCCAUUACCAAGUAAGCAUAAGGGUGUGGGCAACACAGGAGUCCUGUCUAUGCUACCUGAGUUGCCAGGUACUACCAGAUAACAAAUUACCUGAGUUCAGCAAAACUUUCACAGCAUUGUGUGAUUACUGUUUUGGAUGCACUUUGCACCCAAGGGGUCCAACUCAUUUAUGAGGACUGUAAUUUAAUUAUCCAGAGACCACUGCUUAUGACACUGAUCAUUGAAACUCACCACCUUUGUUUCUGCCUUUCAGGACACAUUUACAUGAGACACAAGAGCACAGACACAAAUAUGUUCAUGCCAGGUUUCCUUGCAGCAGACCUAAUUUGAACAUUUGCAUCUAUAAAAUAUUUCCCUUCUUUGUAUAACAGUGUAUAGUAGUCAAUACUGUUUCUUAUGGUAAACCAAAUACUACCUUAAUACUUCUUGAAGCACCAGCAUGGGGGGAGACAUUGCCUUGGCCUUGACAUGGUAUGGAGGGACCAGAACACUGAAGAAAUACAUGUGUACUUGUGGCUGAUUGUCCAUCAUAAUUUGUUUUAACUUGUUUAGUAGUGACUGACUGACUAUCUCAUGAUUCACAAAUUGUGAACUGUAAUGCUGCUGGCAAAAUUAAAAUUUGUUAUUCCUUUUUAA